GAAGCCGUGUGUGUCUGUCCUCUCUUCUCCAAUGGGCUUUGCUGCCCUAAACCACUCCCCUGCUAUAACUAUUUCUGCAGGGAGAAAGAGCUAAUCAUCUUUCAGAGUUUCUAGGUCUGAGUGCAAGGGAGAUGGAACCAUGGUUACCUGUAGGAGGUGGAGGAGGAAGCGGUGGCGGUGGCGGCCGCCGGGCUACCAAAGCGAGUGGAUCCAGUAGGAUUCCGUGCAGGAACUUUGCCCGCGGAGCAUGCAGAUGGGGUCAGAACUGCCGAUUCUCCCAUGAUAGGAAGUCUGCUCAGAUCUGCAGGUAUUUCCAGAAUGGAUUCUGUGAUUAUGGAGACCGCUGCAGCUACCAGCAUAUCUCGGAAGCACCAGCCUUGAGCAGAUGUGGCUCAGAGUCUGCCUACCAUGGAUUGCAGGGAGGCAUGUUGACACUGAACCGUCGGGGCUCAGAGCCAGCCAUCUUACCAGAAGCUUCAGUAAGGAGUUGGGGAGGAGGCCGGCGUGGCUCUGAACCAGCUGUCUCCAGUAUGGCACAGCUACAGAUGAACUUUGGAAGCAUGAGGAUGACAUUUGAGGAGGAAGAUGAAGAUGCUGAUAAAGCCAUCACUCCCCAGCAUCCUCCAAACUGGGCCCUCAGUAAAGAAUUCGUUCCCAGGCAGGCUGCUUCAGGUUCCAGAUCCCAUGAACAGAGACUGGAUACCAUAUCCCUGCUGUCAGAAGAUGCAUCCACCAAGGAGGCUGCUCCUCCUGCGGUCUCAGAGGAGCCAAAGGCAACUGAUGGUUUGGGAGUGGUGGCAGCAGCUGCUGAAGAGGUACAGAAGAGUGAGGAUGUAGUAUGCGGCAUCUGCAUGGACAAAGUCUCUCAGAAGACCUUGCCUCAGGAACGUCUCUUUGGUAUUCUUCCCAAUUGCACCCAUGCCUAUUGUGUGGGCUGUAUCCGGAAGUGGCGGAAAAGCCGGGACUUUCAUAACGCGGUGAUAAAGGGCUGCCCAGAGUGCAGAGUCACUUCAACUUAUUUUAUCCCCAACCAAUACUGGGUUUUUGAUUCAGAAGAGAAGGAAAAACUGAUUAAGAAUUUCAAGGCACGGACUAGCAAAAUAAGAUGCAAAUUCUUUGUAAGAGGCAAUGGUCAGUGCCCUUUUAAAUCAGAGUGUAUUUACCUGCAUGAGCUUCCUGGAGGUCGGCUGCCAGCUGCAAAGCCACAACAGAGACCUGACCUGCGGAGACGGCGACCUGUUGUCUAUAACCCAUCUCCAUCUGAGAGUUCGGAUGAUGACGAUGAUGACAUGUACCUCAUCCAAUGGGCUCUUACUGUUGCGCUGUUGCAGAGAGAGAGAGACAUUGACUAUUCAGACUUUCUCAUCUGGAAUUCGAGUGAUUCUUCUGACUAGAUGAUGAUGAUGACUACCUCAUCGGAGGCUGCGAGAACAAUCUUAAUGACAUGUGGAGCUGUGGCUUGGGGAGGAUGGGUGGGGAAUGAAAGGUGUCUUGAUGAACUUAAUGGCCCUUAGUUGUCUGGCAGGUCUUCAUAGUGUUUUGGCUGGAAUCCAUAAGAUGGGAGAAUAUAGGGCAAGGACCUAUUUUAUGUUGGGAAGGCCUCCUGAUUGCACAGGGCAAGAUAGUGGCUGUCACCAUUGUCAGUACAUAAUAUUUUACAUCUCACAAGUGCAUUGCAAUUUUUCCUACCCCUUGCUUGUCUAUUAUCUUCACGUUCCUUUUCCCUGCCCUUAACAUUUUAUCACAUCCUGGGCUUCCCAGCAUGGGAUCCAUGAAGAGCCUCCCAGCUAUCUCUUCUUGAAGUGUGCCAGGUUCUGAUGGUGCUCAGACAGUGUCUGUGUGUACUGGACAGGCUGAGUGAUCAGGUAUGUUCAUGCUGCUGCUAGUUUCCUCAGGAAGGCAGGCUUGCUGAGCAAUGCUAUUAUCUACAGCAGGCAGCACCUACAUCUUGCUUUUUGUCUAGCAGUGCUGGGUGUCUAUGGUAAGCCUACAAAGGAGGGGUAACAUGGGGUAGUGUAAACUAUAUCUCGAUUUUUUUAUUGAUGCAGUGAUCAAUUUAGUAUUGGAGGCUUAGAAAUCAGUGAUUUAAACCCUUAGGUCUGGGAUGUGUAAGCCCCCUGAAUGUAUUUUUAAUCCUAGAAGGAUCUGGAGAACACGAAAUAAAAUGAGCUUUAAAAAUCUA